UAGAGCCAUUGUUUCAUGUCCCGUAUUUCAUUGGCUUUCCCGAAUCAUUGUCAGGUCGGCUCUCUCUCCACCGCCCGCCGCGCCGACCACGCCUCCACCUCCACCUCUCCCCUCGAUCCAGAUCCACCCCCACCCCCCUCUUCCUCCUCCCCUAGGCGGCGUCGGCGUUGGGUGGAGAUCCCUCCCUCCGGACCUGGAUUGAUUCCCUCUCUGUGCUGCAGGAUUCCUGGGCAUUCAGUAUACAUGGGUUCAAAAUCGGUGGACCAGGUGCUUGAUGCCGCCGCCGCCGGGGUCCAUUACUCGGCACUCCGUCUGGAUGAGCUGAACCUGGAACAACCAACGACGUCAGGCCUGGAGAAUGGGUACCAGGAGCCAUUUGUUAUUGGUGUCGCUGGAGGCGCAUCUUCAGGUAAAAGUACCGUGUGCAGAAUGAUCAUCGAUCAGCUACGUGACCAGCGUGUAGUCGUUGUUACUCAGGAAUCCUUUUAUUAUGGACUGUCUGAUGAGGAAUUAGUCCAUGUUCAUGAUUAUAACUUUGAUCAUCCAGAUGCAUUUGAUACAGAGUUACUACUAUCUUGUAUGCAAAACUUGAAACGUGGCAAAGCUGUUGACAUUCCUAGUUACAACUUCAAAACAUACAAGAGUGUCUCAAAUGCAAGGAAGGUUAAUCCCUCGGAUGUGAUUAUUUUGGAAGGGAUUCUAGUUUUUCACGAUUCACGUCUCCGGGAUUUGAUGAACAUGAAGAUCUUCGUUGACACAGAUGCUGACGUACGAUUAACAAGGAGGAUCCGUCGUGAUACCAUUGAGAAGGGUAGAGAUAUCAAAGCAGUGUUGGAUCAGUACUCAAAGUUUGUUAAGCCUGCUUUUGAAGACUUCAUCCUCCCAACGAAGAAGUAUGCUGAUAUUAUCAUCCCACGAGGUGGAGAUAACGAUGUGGCAAUUGACCUAAUUGUUCAGCAUAUUCGCACCAAACUUGGACAACAUGAUCUUUGUAAAAUACACCCGAAUUUGUAUGUAAUACAGACUACCUACCAGGUCGUCGAGCAUGGUCUUGGUCAUCUUCCUUUCCAGGAAAAGCAGGUCAUAACCCCGACCGGAUCUGUUUACACUGGUGUGGACUUCUCUAAAAGAUUGUGUGGUAUCUCAGUGAUUAGGAGUGGCGAAAGCAUGGAGAAUGCACUGCGGGCAUGCUGUAAAGGUAUAAAGAUUGGGAAGAUUCUUAUUCAUAGGGAAGGAGACAAUGGGCAACAGCUCAUAUAUCAGAAUUUACCGAAAGAUAUUGCAAAUAGGCAUGUUCUGCUGUUGGACCCCAUACUGGGAACAGGAAACUCAGCAGUUCAAGCUAUCUCUCUUCUAUUGAAGAAGGGUGUGCAGGAAGCAAAUAUUAUAUUCCUCAAUCUUAUCUCAGCUCCCCAAGGUGUGCAUGUGGUCAGCAAGAGAUUCCCAAGAGUGAAGAUUGUGACAUCGGAGAUUGAGUUUGGUCUAAAUGAUGAUUUCCGUGUCAUCCCUGGAAUGGGUGAGUUUGGAGACAGAUACUUUGGGACAGAUGAUUAUCAGUCAUCGACGCCAUUCUUUUGUGAUGAUAAAAAUCGUGUCAGGCUUUUGUGAGAGUUUUGCCCAGACAUACCAUGCCCUGCCUGCGGCAUUAUCUCCAAAUUUUGAGAAAUUUUUAUCAGCAUUUCAAAACUCUGGAAUGCACAUAUUAAUGUAUUCAUUACCGGAAACUGUGUAUCAUGCAACAUUGCAGACUGAGCUCGCCUCUUGACAUAAUUGGAGCAAUUCCAUUUUUUGGUGCCACCAGAUCUCCCAUUCUGAAUGAAGUCUCCUCUCCUGCCCAUUUAUACUCGCGGGCUCCUUCUCCAGCAGUUGCUACAGGGAUAUGUUUUGCUUUCUUGUAAACUAGGAAAAGAUGUUAUGUAAAUGAAAGGACAGGAAGUUGUGGUGAACAUCUGAUCGUUCACCUGCUAGGCAGGCUCCUACUACAAAUACUAGGUGUUGUGGCAGGCAGUUGUCUUGUCUUCGAAGGCAGAUCCAACUUGGUAAAUCGUCGUUGUUCUAGAACACUUGAAUUGAUAGAACACUGCUGUUGCAGGGUUAACUGUCAAAGUAGGACUCUUGUAGCCAUCAAUACAUACCCAACAAACACUUGAUUCA